AUGGCAUCGACACUCGCUCAGCUUGCGAUAUUGAUAAGUGACUCAGUCCAAGUCAUUGAGUCUCACUGCGCCACUACAGGGCUCGACGUGCCCAGUCUCGAUGCGCCGUUUCAUCCAUCCUCUGAAGCAUUCCGCAUGGAUCGCACAGUCUCUGAAGCCAUUAGUAUCAUUUCUAUCGCAGCAAAUCAGCUCAAUGCUAUACUGCAGCCUCCUCAUGUAUCUGCCAUGCAGAUAUCCUUAGGUCAUUACCAGUCUGCCGCAAUGCAUGCGUUGCUCGAGGGGAACACGGUUGAGAUUCUGAGGGAGGCGGGUCCACAGGGACUUCAUGUGGAUGAAAUAUCUUCGAAGAAUGGUAUUGACUCGAAGAAGCAAGCAAGACUGCUUCGUUAUCUCGCGACCAAACUAGUGUUCCGUGAAGUAAGGCCCGACACCUUUGCCAACAAUCGCAUUUCAUCAGUGUUCGACACGGGCAAGUCAACUGAUACUCUGCGUCUCAGUCCCACAGAGAGAAAUGUUGGAUUCAACGCUAUCAUCAAUCACGGUCUUGUUGAAGGGAUGCUCGCAACGUCAUGUCUAUCGGAAAACCUCCUCGAUCCUUUGACUGCAUAUUCUGAAGAGCCCACUGCAUCGCCAUGGAACAGAAGCACAGGCGCUACCGUUCCGUAUUGGUCGUACAUUCAGCAAUCAGGACAAGAGAUCCGCUUGCAGCGUUUCAGUAACGCGAUGCGCGGAGUGGCCUCCAUGUUGCCACGUGACGAUAUCUUGCACGGGUUUGACUGGACGACUUUACGUGCCGGGGAUAUCGUUGUAGAUGUAGGUUCCGGCGUGGGUGCGACCUCGCUUGUUCUCGCCAAAGCGCAUCCUCAGAUAAACAUCAUUUUGCAAGAUGAGCAGCCAAUUUUGGAUGAGGCAAUGAGGGUGUGGGACAUUGAGUUUCAGGCAGCCAUAGAAUCUGAUCGUGUUCGGAUGCAAGCCCACGACUUUUUCACCGAUCAACCCGUAAAGAAUGCUUCCGUUUUUCUUCUCAAGAAUAUCAUCCACGAUUGGUCCGAUUCCUAUGCUAAGAAUAUCUUGACUCGUCUCCGCGACGUCGCUACCUCCGAUACGAGGCUCCUCCUUGUGGAGAGUCUCAUUGAAUACGCUUGCAAAGUCUCCCCGCGUGACGUCGACGAUCCCACCCAGAUUCCUGGUGCAAGUCCUUCUCAGGCUCCAGAGCCAUUGCUAGCCAACUUUGGUGAUAUAAACAUCAUGCAAUACAUCACCGACGUGUCGAUGCUUCUAUUGCAUAACUCACAGGAGCGAACGAUCGGUCAUUUUGUCAAUUUGUUGGGCGAGAGCGGUUGGAAAAUUCGGAACGUUUACAGGCCUAGUAGUUCGUUCCUUCAACAGAUUGAGGCUGUUCCUAUAUGA